CGGGACAGAUCUGAAGCAGGCGAAUAGGCGAGCGGAAUGAGUGCAUGGGCGGUGCGAUCACAUGGGUGGGGCCGUGGGCGGUGCGCGGGAAGACGGAAGGCCUCGGCUCUGGCCACCCUCUGCCUGCUCGCUAUGGAGGCUGCGCUGCUGUGGUUCUGCAACUGGAGCACCCUGACUGUAUGCGCCGCGCUCAAGCUGCCGCAGAUCCAUGCCCAACUGGCGGCACGCAGCGCGCGGGGUGUCAGUCUCUCCAGCUUGCUGCUGGAGCUGGCGGGGUUUCUGGUCUGCCUCCGCUACCAGUAUUACUACGGCAGCCCGGUGCUCACCUACCUGGAGUACCCCAUCCUCAUUGUGCAAGAUGUCGUCCUCCUGCUCUGUGUCUUUCAUUUUAAUGGGGACAUGAAACAAGCUGCACCGUACCUGGCUGUAUUUGCGGCCUCCUGGUUCGUCCUUGGGCUGCACCAGGGUGUCAUCGACGUGGCCAUGAACUUGUGCACGUUGGUCAGUGCGGCCAGCAAGCUGGCCCAGCUCCAGUACCUGUGGAAGGCGCAGGACUCGGGCACUGCCAGUGCGCUCACCUGGGGCCUCUCCGCCUACACCAGUGCAGCAAGAAUAGUAACAACUUUCAUGACCACUGGCGAUCUGACAGUUCUUACUCGCUUUGUGAUCAUGCUAGCCUUAAACAUCUGGGUGACAGGGACAGUGCUGCGCUACAGAAAACCUCGCUCCAAGGCUGAGUGACAACCACAUCACCGCUGCUCCAGGAAGGACGGACUGGGGUGACUGAGCUCUGGAGAGCAGUACCCACAGCUUUGCUGAGGGCUCCUACAGAUCUAGUCACUAACUCCAGAAUUUUAAAUCCAGAGGUUUCACGGACUUGCAAGACCUCCUUAAACAUGAGCUGUAAAGGCCACUUUCCCUCCCUCCCUCCACUCCUCCAGGUCUCGCAGGGCUUGGAAACAGCUUCUGUGGCAUCCUGGUGCCCACGGACCCUUCCCUUUGCACUCCGUGGCCCAGGCCACCUGCAACACUCUGUAGCCUCUGGAGGUUUUAAGAGUCUCCCCAUGACCCUGACGGAACAAGACACAGUCAGAAGCAGAGCUGUGGCCAACAGAUAAGGCUUACUCUGGGGACUGUGUGCAGCAUGCGGGCAUGGAGGGAUAUAAGUCCUGGGUCUGGGGUGCAAAGUGCCCUCAUUCACGCAUGCCUUGGAGGGUUCAGAGUAGCUGUUGCUAAAUUCUGUUCUUCUUUUACUAUUUUGUUGUUUUAGGAAAUUUUGUUUUCAUAUAGUAUCCAAAAUAAUAGGAAUUCCCAAGGCAGGUACUGUGAGACGCACUCACUCGCUGUAGGGGCAACAUCUCUACAGCCUUCCUCGGGGGCAGAGCCAUGUGAGGGCAGCCACCACCCAUUUGGCUUUCAUUGGAUUUGGUGCCACUGGCUUUAGCUCUCGAGAAUAUACAGGUUCUACUGUCUUCAAUAGUAUCUCAUCCUAAAUAUGCUAAGGCUGUUGAAUAUUGAAAUUUUAACAUUCAACUUCAGAGGAUCUGCUAUAUGCAGGAAUUAAACUGGAUUUGAACAUAUUUUUCUCAUAUAAAAUAAACUUUCAUAGUUUGAAUUCUGAAU